AUGGAUCCGGCGUGCUCAGGCAUCAAGCGCUUGUUCGAAGCCUCAGACGGGCAUACGGAGCGUGCUAUCAAUAUGUUCUUUGAUGGUUCAUGGCAGCAGCAGCAACCUCCGACAGAACCGCACAAUGCUGUGCUCAGUACUCCAACUAUCCCCACUCAUGCAUCCACAAGCGGCGCUACAGCUCAACCUGCGAUUUGGAAGAAGAAAGCACUCGGCGCAUUCGGUACUCAAGGCUACAUGACCUGUUCUACGCGUGUUGCAGCCGGCCAAAAGCUACUCAUCACGCGACAGUCAUCCCUAAACAAAGUCCUCCAUAGCGCGGGUCGUGGCAAACCACCCAAAGCUGGACGCAUGCACUAUGCAGGCAAGUUGCACGUCAAUUCAAUCACUCGCUUUUGUUCAGAAGAUGGCACGGAGCUUGGACGACUCCCGCAGGAUGUGGCUGUUAUCGUGUCAACUCUACUCGACCUGGACAUGUGCACCUUCGAAGCCACUUGCAUCUAUGCACCAGACCGAGUGCGCACUGGAACCAAUGUUGACCUACAAAUCACUUGCUUUAUCCGCAAGAGAGCCUUUCAGCAAAAGACAGGCGCCAUGGCGAAUCACAUCAGCGUCGAUGAUUCUGCGGAGACGGCCGAGGAGAAGAUGCUCAAGCUCCGUCGAUUUGCGCUCGUCAAACUAUUUGGCUUGAUUGGCGUCGAACCUUUGGGGAAGGGCGAGGAUAAUCAGAUGCGUCAGGUGAUGGAGAUGACGGAAGCAACAAUGGAACCGCCAAAGAAACCACCAUCUCUGACGCAGAGCAAAAGCACAGACAGCCAAGAGGAAGCUGAAGAUGGCACAGAAUUGCAAGCGGAUCAACUAGACUCGCUCUACCGCAAGGCUCAAACAUUCGAUCAGAGUAUGCCUGGUAUGGAUCCUGCAGAUACUUUUGCAUUCACGCUCAAGCCGUAUCAGCGACAGGCUCUCCAUUGGAUGUAUCACAAGGAGUUGCAUGAUGCUGGACAAGCACGCAAGUCUGACUCUUUGCAUCCUCUGUGGUCGGAAUACCUGUUUCAAGCAGACGACACGGCGUCUGAAUCAUUCUACAUGAAUCCAUACUCAGGCGAACUGUCGCUUGAAUUUCCAAAAGCCAUGGAUGAAUGUCGUGGCGGCAUUCUGGCUGAUGAGAUGGGUCUGGGCAAGACAAUUGAGAUUCUCAGUCUGGUGCAUACAGCCAAGAUGGAACGUGCUGAAGCUGAUCCCUCCAUGCCAUUGACCAAAGCGCCUGGUCAGCGUUGUCAUACAACAUUGGUCGUCGCUCCGCUGACCCUUAUCUCACAGUGGCAAUCAGAGGCCGAAAAUGCUUCCAAAGAAGGUACGCUCAAAGUGCUUCUCUACUAUGGCACAGACAAGAGUAUUGAUCUGAAUGCAUUGUGUAACGGCCCGGGAGCACGUCAUGCGCCUGAUAUGAUCAUCACAAGCUAUGGUGUUGUCCUGUCAGAGUGGCUGCAGCGCGAGGAUGGCAAGCCCAACAAUGGCUUAUUCGCGGUUGACUUUCAUCGAGUCGUGCUGGAUGAGGCGCACACGAUAAAGAACCGACAAGCCAAGACGUCCAAGGCCUGUUACUCACUCAAAGCAACACGACGUUGGGCACUGACCGGUACACCCAUUGUCAAUAAGCUAGAAGAUUUAUUCUCCCUUGUUCAUUUCCUCACAGUCGAACCAUGGGGUCACUUCAGCUUCUGGCGCACCUUCAUCACCAUCCCCUUCGAGUCGAAAGAUUACAUUCGCGCAUUAGAUGUCGUUCAGACUGUGCUCGAACCGCUUGUACUACGACGAACCAAAGACAUGCGCGGCCAAGAUGGACGACCGAUUGUCGAUUUGCCACCGAAGCAAAUUGAGAAAGUCUAUCUCGAGUUCAGCGAGAAGGAGCGUGCCAUCUACAACUUCAUCAGCGCUCGAGCACGUCGCACGUAUGUGCAAAAUGCAGAAGCCGGUACAGUAAUGAAGAAUUAUAGCAUGAUUCUCGGUCUCAUUUUGCGAUUGAGACAGGCAUGCUGUGACCCGACCCUAGUUCAUCAGCGUGUAGAUGUGACUGAGCUACCGGCGGACGAGCAAGCCGUCAAGGAGGACGAUGCCACUGAUCUAUUGGCAGAUGUCAGCCUCAAAGACAUGAUUGAGCAGUUUGCCAGUGGCGAAGCACACGGCGAGCAGGAGGCUUCCCAUUUCGGCGCGACUGCAUUACAGCAAAUCAUGGAUGAAGCUGAGAACGAGUGCCCAAUCUGUUCUGCUGAGCCCAUGGAACAGCAGACCGUGGCGCGUUGUUUCCACUCGGCAUGUAAGUCAUGCUUCACUGGGCACAUCAAAUUUAUGAAAGAUAGGGGUGAAGAGCCGCUCUGCCAUACUUGCCGCAAGCCAGUUUCUGAGCAAGAUUUGCAAGAGGUUAUUCGAUACGCCCAGGAGGGAGAUCAGAAGGAUCAAGUCUUGUUGCGACCAAUUCAGCAAACUGAAGGAUCGGCAAAAGUGGAUGCUCUGCUCCAUCGCCUGCAGGAGACUAAACGGGCAACGCCAAACAUCAAGUCGGUCGUAUUUUCGCAAUUCACCAGUUUCCUGGACCUCAUUGGCAAGUCUCUCCGGCGCCAUCGCUUGCAAUUUGUGAGGCUCGAUGGUAGCAUGUCGCUCAAGGAGCGAGCUCUUGUUCUGGAAAAGUUUCGCAGUGCCCCUGCCAACAUGACGCUCAUCAUCUCGCUCAAGGCUGGUGGUGUGGGUCUGAAUCUGACAAGCGCGAAUCACGUCUAUAUGCUGGAUCCGUGGUGGUCCUUUGCUAUCGAGGCACAAGCCAUUGAUCGAAUUCAUCGCAUGGGCCAGACUCGGGACGUGUCUGUGUAUCGCUUCAUCAUAAAGAACAGUGUUGAGGAAAAGAUGCUUAAGAUUCAAGACAGGAAGAACUUUCUGGCGAGCAGUCUCGGUAUGUCCAAGGAGGAAAAGAAGCGGGAGACCAUGAGGGAUAUAGAGUUGUUGUUUGAAGACUAG